AUGGCUGGCGAACAGUAUACGAGCGUGGCUGUAGUCAUAAAGUCGGCUUCAGCAAUCGCCUGCAUCGCAGUACUGCUAAUGCUACUGUCCCCGUGGAUUGCAUACACGCGAUUACCCACCUCCAUCAAAUCGCCCAUCCAAGCCAGAGGGCCUAUAGCUGCACUUCGGGCAUGUCUGAACGAGAUUACGGCGGGAACUCAGACCUCCACGAGAGGAUACCAGCUGUAUUCGAAAAAAGGAGAGUCCUUUGCCAUGCUAAACAUUAACUUUCGUCCUCAAGUCAUCCUCCCUCCAGAGCAUGUUCGCUGGUUGAUAAGCCAACCAGAAGAGAUACUCUCCCAUGGCAAGGCUGGCGAUGAUGCUGAUGCGCUGCGGUAUAUCUGGCCGUUGUUUGAUGCGUCAGCUCUGCAUUCAUUCUCGAAAGUUCUGCAAAAUAAUCUGACUCGCAACAUCGUACAGACGGAAAUGGUUGCUUUGGAUGAAGUAGAACAUGUCAUGCAGGAGCUAGUGGGUCAGACUAAGACCUGCAAAGAGAUUAACAUGGUUCUGCUUUUCGAAAAGAUUAUGUACCGAAUCACUCAGCGAGUUUAUGUGGGCCUUCCACUUUGCCGAGAUACCACCUAUAUGGCAUUGGUGAAAGGAUAUGCCCGGUCCUUAGGCACUGCCAUGGUUUUUGCUGCUCAGCUUACGCCUUGGCCCCUCAGGCAGGUUACAGCCCUGCUCACGGGCUUGCCAGUUUACUACUAUGUCCUUCGGGUCCGGGCAUAUCUCACCCCACUGUACAGACGACAGAUGGAACGCUUGAAAGCGAAACAAGGGGCGACAGACAAUUUGUUGGAGGGAGAGCCAGCGAAUCUGAUCACUUGGAUGUCAAACGCCGUACUUUCCGGCAUUGGCCCGAAGGACGUUAGUGCGAAUGGGAUGGUGACAUGGCUUGGUAUCAUGGCCCUUCUACCGACGGAUAAUCUCUGGGUUACAUGCACCAACACGCUCCUAGACCUUCUGACCUCCGACCCGGAGCACGCCUACUACGGAACGAUCCGCGACGAGGCCAAGCGCGUAUUUGCUUCAAGCAAGGAAUCCGGUGUGCCCAUAUCACAUGGAUUACAUCAUCUCGACAGCGCACUGCGCGAAAGCUUGCGGUUGAAUUCCCUGGCCCCGCGAGCCCUUCAUCGGCAGGUCGUACGCCGCGAGGGUGUUGUGCUGCCUGACGGACAAAAGGUCCCCUUAGGAACUUGGCUCUGUGUUUUGUCCGGGAACCUGCACAGGGACAACGACUUCUACGAUGAUGGGCAGAGCUACAAGCCGUUCCGGUUCGUUUCCAAGCUCGCCGAAGGUAGUAGUGACAAAGCGCCCUCGUUGCCGCUGACGAAUGAGAAGUAUCUUACCUUUGGAUAUGGCCGGCAUGCCUGCCCCGGCCGGUGGUUUUCCUUUCAGGUUAUGAAAGUCACUAUCGCAUAUAUCAUCGCGAACUAUGACAUCGAACCUCUGGAGAAACGCCCAGACAAUAUGCUUUUUGCAGACCUCAAUAUCCCUUAUCUGUCUCACAUCAUUCGAAUCAGGAAGGUAGGGUGA